GGGAAACUUUUGCAGUAGCCUUCUGCAAGGACACAACCAGGACUCUCUGCCCCUGACAGUUUUGAGGAGUGCGAGCAUUAAUGAAAUCAGAACCUCAUUUUCCUAACAACUAAGUUAUUCAGAAGCCUGAAACAUAUCCAUUAACUUGCCUCUAACUGGUGGAUCAGAGGAUGGAAGAACCUUGCUACAGCUUUGAUCAGGAAGACUCCACUUCCGACUUUCUCCUCUGGGACCAGGAUCCCAAUGCUGAGCUCCAACUGGACGACCUCCUGAUGGACUACUCCUCCCUGGAGGACCCUUCAUGCCCUUGGCCCUCUCCUACCCACCCACCCUUAGCCCCCCUUGGCCCACCUGUCCCACCGAGCACGGUGGCCGGAGCUGUGGGGGGUGCUGAAGCGGACAGCUCCCGGCCUCCCCCCUCCAGCCUCCACCGCCGCGCUGCGAACGUCCGUGAGAGGAAGAGGAUGCUCAACAUCAACUCAGCCUUCAACGAGCUCAGGUGCCACGUUCCGACUUUUCCCUACGAGAAGCGCCUCUCCAAGAUCGACACGCUCCGCUUGGCCAUUGCCUACAUCGCUCUUCUUAGGGAGAUCCUGCUGUCCGGAUGCGAUCCCAAAUCCUAUGUGGAGGGGUGCCUGAGGAACGGUUUGCAAAGCCACCACCAGGCAACCUGGAAUACAAGUGAUCUGACAGCCCGCCUGUCUUGGGUAAAGUGGGAUUAAGAGCUACCCAAAAGAGAGAUCUCUGGAGGCAGUGUACUGCUAAUCUGAUGACCCAACUGCUGGGUACCAGCUGUUAAAUUCUCAGUACUGCAAGCAAAAGUGUGGCACUUACAACUUCAUUGAUUGUCACAGAUCGCUUUCUUUCUGCAUGUCCAGCAUCCAAACUCUCAUGGUGUUAAUUUGUUGUUGUUUAGGGCCUUCUGCUUCUCUUUCUUCUGGUUUCUCACACACUUAUGUACUACUCUUGUAUGAAAGU